CAGAUGAGCGGGACUGCGGUGAUAAACAAACACACGCAGCACAGGACGGGAGACGCUAAUGCGGCGGUUCGACAGCACCGGCGGACUUUUAGGGAAGCGACACCGAGCGUUAAAGCCGAGGUCCGUGUCAGAAUCCCCGGACUUGAAUACACCCCCCUCCCCGCUCCUCCCCUCCUAGGAAAAACAAACAAAACAGGAUUUGUUUCCCUCCCUCCCCGUCUCACCCCCCCGGACUCGGCUUAUGUGACACAUUACCGUCCCGGCUGAGAAGAACCGAGCGAAACAUGACGGAGCUGAGGAAGCGAGGCGGAGGAGACCCGGACAGCACCGACAAUGUCAGCGACAGGGAGGCCGACGGCGAGGACCGGCUCGGCCUGCAAGGCGACGCGGAGGGAGAAUGCGACGGCGACUCCAAGGCGGACACUCCAGACGUCCCUCUCUCCACAGCGGACUCGGACAACACUCCACAGUGCCUGAACAAAGCCCUGGAGGGCCUGCCGCCCAGAUGGAAGAACUACUGGAUACGAGGGGUCCUGUCUUUGGCCAUGAUCUCCGGCUUCUUCCUCAUCAUCUACAUGGGACCCGUCACGCUGAUACUAGUGGUCAUGACCGUCCAGAUCAAGUGCUUCCAAGAGAUCAUCACCAUCGGCUACAGAGUGUACCACUCCUACGAGCUGCCCUGGUUCAGGACGCUCAGCUGGUACUUCCUGAUUUGCGUCAACUACUUCUUCUAUGGGGAAACUGUUGCAGAUUACUUCGGGGCUCUGGUGCAGAGGGAGGAACCCCUGCAGUUCCUGGCGCGCUAUCACCGCUUCAUCUCCUUCGCCUUGUACCUCGCAGGUUUCUGCAUGUUUGUGCUGAGUUUAGUGAAGAAACAUUACCGCCUGCAGUUUUAUAUGUUUGCGUGGACCCAUGUGACGCUGUUGAUUGUGGUAACUCAGUCGCACCUUGUCAUUCAGAACCUGUUUGAAGGAAUGAUCUGGUUCAUCGUCCCGAUCUCCAUCGUCAUCUGCAAUGACAUCAUGGCCUACCUGUUUGGCUUCUUCUUUGGGAGGACGCCGCUGAUCAAGCUCUCCCCUAAGAAGACCUGGGAGGGCUUCAUCGGAGGCUUCUUUGCCACGGUGGUCUUCGGCUUCAUGCUGGCUUACCUGCUGUCUCAGUUCCAGUACUUUGUGUGUCCCGUGGGCUUCAACAGUGAGACCAACGGGUUCACAGUCGAGUGCGAGCCUUCGGACAUCUUUGUGAUGCGCGAGUACACUCUUCCUGCCGUGGUGCAGAACAUACUGGCCUGGGAGACGGUGAAGCUGUACCCCUUCCAGAUCCACAGCGUCUUCCUCUCCUCCUUCGGCUCCCUCAUCGGGCCUUUCGGCGGCUUCUUUGCCAGCGGCUUCAAGCGAGCCUUCAAAAUCAAAGACUUUGCCAACACCAUCCCCGGCCACGGUGGCAUCAUGGACCGCUUCGACUGUCAGUACCUGAUGGCCACCUUCACGCACGUCUACAUCGGCAGCUUCAUCCGAGGGCCGAACCCCAGCAAGGUGCUGCAGCAGCUGUUGAUGCUUCGGCCGGACCAGCAGCUCGGCAUCUUCCACACGCUGCACUCGCAGCUGAGGGCCCGGGGCAUGCUGCCCCCCCCCGCGGCCCAGGCCUGACGGGGUGAAGGGGUCACGCAGGGCUGACCAGUGUGUGUGUGUGUGUGUGUGUGUGUGUGUGUGUGUGUGUGUGUGAGUCUUUGUGUGCGUGAUUUAGUGUCGGCAUGUACACACAGACGCACACAGAGACACACACACACUCUUUGUGUGGCGCCGGCUCUUCAACCAACGACCAGCUGAACAUCGACGUCUUUGAACCCGAGGCGACUACGUGGGGAAUCCUCGUAGUGACACAAAAAAACUACACAAUACCAACAACAACAACAGCUUCCCUUCUCCACCCGGAAACCCCCCCCCGAAAGCCAGCGGACUGAAGGAGAAACAUGUGGCCGGGCUCUGAGGCUCUGAGGAGCCGCAUGUGCACUUUCCCCUUUUUGUGUGCGUUUUUUAAACCAGCUUUUACCAGCGUGAGCGGGGGCCCCAAAGCGAGCGGGGGCCCCAAAGCGAGCGGGGGCCCCAAAGCGAGCGGGGGCCCCAAAGCGAGCGGGGGCCCCAAAGCGAGCGGGGGCCCCAAAGCGAGCGGGGGCCCGUUGAGACGUGUCCCUCCGCGGCGACGCAGCAGGUCGUCAGGAGGACACCGUUUUCUGUCCUUUGGCUCUAUUCAACCAACCUCACUGCGUUACAAACACGUAGCGGCCGGCUUGUGGGUGUUUGGAUCUGAACCAGCGCCUCCCGCCUGACUGCUCGCUGACGCAGAAACUAGCGCACAAGCACUCGCGUUAAUGUACUGUACAUAAAUAUAGUGACGAUAUUUAAGUGAACAAAUGCAUAACACAUAAUAUAAGUACUGGUGUGACCUGCUGGGGACCCUUAGAAGCUAUGAAAAAGAUAUGCAAACGUAGAGAUGUAACUCAUGGCUAGUUUGCCUUUAGCAUGUGAACACUAUAGAUUUUUAUCAAAGGAGUUGCUGCUGACUUGGAGGGUUUUUUUCAUGUGAACUUACAGAACUUAAAGGAGUAGUUUGAUGUUUGGAAAAUGUGCUUUUCAUUUAUCAUCAUCGGUGAUAAUUGGUUGGCAGCAACGAGGCAGCGAUCAUUAUUUAAAUGAUCAGACCUGGCUCAUCUGUAAAAUGACAUGAAUCCUCUCUGAUGGUGAAUCAGAGAUAAAAAUGUCAUUCAGUCUUUGUUUGACCCCCCCCCCCAAGCUUCAAUGGCGUUACUUUGGGAAGGAAAUCUAUGACUAAGAUUCAUUUAUAUAUAUAUAUAUAUUUUAACAAACAAGAUCAGUUUGAGAGAUUAAUUAUUAAGUUGAUAAAGAAACUUUAUUUAUUCAUAUAUUAUGAAGUUGUAAAUGUGCAAGGGAACAUUUUUUUAUUUUUUGUUUCUAAUAUAAUACCCCGUCCCCAAAUGCUUCCUGUAUCGUACUCACAGGGCACAGCAGCAGUAGUUGGGUCUGUAUGCAGAUGAAGCUAAGCUAAGCUAUGUUAGGCUAAGCUAAGCUAACAUCUGGCUUGCUCUGCAGCGGUGUAGAAAACCCCGUUUCCCAAAAUGCUGAACUAUUCCUUUGAGAGAAAUGUGCUUCCAUUAACAAUUUAUCCAAUGAUUUCGGUUGCACUGUAGCGGGUGUGCGUGUGUGUGUGUGUGUGUGCGUGUGUGUGUGUGUGUGUGUGUGCGGCUGCAUCAAACCACUCCGACGGCUCCCUCAUCCUCGGACUUGAUGUCUGUGAAAACUUGCUAUUUUAAAAGUCUUCCUAUGCAUUAAAUCACUGUUAAAUUAUUAUAUUUUGAAUGUAGUUUUAAGAUGUGAUAAAUACCAUAAAUACAUGUGUGUUCACACAUCUUUGAGUAGAGAUCCAAACCUGAUGGGCGGCGCUUUAUGAUGUAGUUUGAUGGGUCUGGAGCCACCGAAGCACUGAGAAGGUUCCCUUCCUGCGUUUGUCCUCUUUGUUCUGAUCAUAGUUUUUAUUUUAGGGUGUUUUUUUUUUUUCUUUGCUGGGACCAGCUGUACUGUACAAAUAUAUAUAUAUAUCUCUAAACUACACAGACGGAAGCAAUCUGACCAAAACACCAACAGCUGAUGGCCAAAUGAUGUAUGAGCAUAAAACUAUAUAUAUAGUUUUAUUUGGAGUGUUAAGUGUGCUGCUGGAAUAAUUAAAACUCUCAAUGAAAGCAUUUAAACGUUAAGUGGUUUGGUGAUUAAAUGCAUUUAAAAAAAAAAUGAAAUAGUAAAUUUUCCUCUUUAGUUUUCAUUUCAUGAUUUAAAUUUAAAUCCUUUUCAGUUAAUUAUUUGUUUUACACUAAGAGAUUAAUGAAUAAUGAUUCAAAUAGUGGCUGAUUAUCAACUUAUUGUUUCAGCUCCAGUAACAUAACAAAAUCACUAUUGGUGAAUUGUUAAAUAUUUGUAUUAAGUGUAUUAUUCCAUUGGUGCAUUUGACUCGUUUAAAAGAACUGGUUCAAAUUAUUUUAGUCUCAUUGUAAAGAACACAAACAUCAACAAAGGAAAGAAAAGGGUUUUUUUCUUUUUUUUUGGUCGCUUGUCCGUCUGAUUUCUCGUUUGUUAAGUUUCUGCUUUGAGCCGAAAUGUUUUCUAGUGAAAAUCGAUCGCUUUUGGAGAGAUAAAGAUAGUGAGGAAAUAUUUUGUUAUUAAAGGUGCAACACAAAGUCCUGUAUAAACCACAUAUUGAUCUCUAUUUAGGGAUUAUUGCAAAGCUGUUUACUGAACUGAGGUGAAUAAACUUUGUUUUCUUUAAAA